GUCUAACUUCUGAAACUACCACUACUCGUGACCAUGCAGUUAUUUCCCUUGAGGAGAGGUCCAUUGGCCUGCAUUACAUUAGUUGGUUUAGUAACUUUGUAUACUACGGGUAUAAUAGAACUGAGAUCCUACGAUUUUACCAAACGCCCAGUGGUUUUUAUUCGUGCGUUUUAUAAUGAGUCUCUCGUUAGUGCUGUGUCGUACUCGAUGCAUGAAAUGGAAAAAUACGCUGGAACCGGUAAUAGUGGAAAUCAUGUAUGGUCGUACGGGGCGUCAUCCUUGGUAGAUACCGACCAGAAUGUAAUACUCUCUCAUACUGAAUCCCCAUUUACACUCACCCAUCCUUCUAGUGAGGUCGAAAUUAAUUUGGUAAUGAUACCAGUAGCGAACAAUCUACCCUGUCAGAAGUCUAUCGCGCAGAAGGAGAAAUUUAUCAUCAACUAUCAGUAUCGAAAUACUAAAACUGCAGUGAUUGGGAUAGGAUGCGACUAUUUUCCAGUAUCAUCGACUUCUGAAAUUGACAUGGGUUCUAACGCAACACUGUUAGAUCCUACAAACUAUAUAGCACUUCAAAAUUUGACACAUCUUCGCCGACUUAAAGAUUCUAUUGACCAACUAUACUUCUUCUCCGUACGGGGCCGAGUGACUGAGAUGGUUUUGGAACAUUUUGAUAUUGCUUCGACGAACCUAGGGUGUCCAAGUUUGAUGAUAUCAUCUAAUCGUCGCCUUGGAAAUGUUCUUGCUGAGAAAAUGAGGAUCAUAGUGGAGGGGAAGAAUACUAGUGAGUUGCGAUUUAUUAUAACUCUUCCUUGGAAAUUUCUCAAGGAAACUCUGAAACUGCUUUUGAAUAUAUCGGAACAGUAUCCUGGCAGUGCAGUGGUUCUCCAGGAUAGGAGGGAUAUUGCAACGCUCAGAACGGCCGAGAGCAAUGGCUUAAAAGUUCCUUGGGAACGAGUAUUCUUUUUUUUUUCUGUUACAAGAUGGAGAGAGUUUGCACGAGAAUUUGAUGGGGUCAUUGGUAGCCGAAUACAUGGAACGAUGGUUCCUCUGAGCGUGGGAGUCCCGGGUCUAAUUUUGGCACUUGAUCAGCGCUUGAAAGAGCUAGCAGAGCGUAUGCAUAUUCCAGUUGUCCCGGUCUUCGAUACAAGAAUUACUGCAAACAACACUGUAGUUGACAUUUUCAAACUUGCACUAUCAAUAUUUAAUGCAGAUGCGUUUGACAAAAAUAGGCAGCAAACAGCUAGAGUAUAUCGUAAAAUGUUAUUAGGUGCAGGUGUUUUCCCCUCAAAAAAUCUUCUUCGCCUUUGUUAGAUUGUAUGAUAGGUUUCAACAGAUACCCAAUGACAAAUUCAUAAAGUUAAAGAGAAAUGGGUGACCAUGUCGAAUUAUCUCUCUGCCGAAGGAAGAUUAGGGAUU